GUGAGUUAGAGCAACAGCUGUCAGCUCAUCGGCCGGUGAGAGCAGUGACUGCACGCAGGGGUUUGUCUUCUCUCUCCAAACCCGCACGGGACUCUGAUUGUACGGCACGGGGCGUGUAUGUUGAAUUGAGAGGUAAAUCUUAAGGUUGUAUAGGUUGAGGGGAUACCAAGCACCCCACGGAAGACGGAAAAAUGACAGCGAUUGAAACGCAGGUGCAGUACAGUUCUUACAUGAUGACUAUGACUGGGGAGUACAUGAACCAAGAGGAUGACUGGGAUCGCGACCUGUUACUGGACCCGGCCUGGGAGAAGCAACAGCGGAAGACCUUCACUGCCUGGUGCAACUCUCACCUGCGUAAGGCAGGGACACAGAUUGAGAACAUUGAGGAAGACUUCCGGAAUGGACUCAAACUCAUGCUGCUGCUGGAGGUUAUCUCAGGUGAGAGACUCCCUAAACCAGACAAAGGCAAAAUGCGUUUCCACAAGAUCGCCAACGUAAACAAAGCCCUGGAUUUUAUCAGCAGCAAGGGAGUGAAACUGGUCUCCAUCGGUGCUGAAGAGAUUGUGGAUGGUAAUGUGAAAAUGACCCUCGGUAUGAUCUGGACUAUCAUCCUGCGCUUUGCUAUCCAGGACAUUUCAGUGGAGGAGACCUCUGCUAAGGAGGGCUUGCUGCUGUGGUGUCAGAGGAAGACGGCCCCCUACAGGAAUGUCAACGUGCAAAACUUCCACAUCAGUUGGAAGGAUGGCUUGGCUCUCUGUGCCCUCAUCCACAGACACAGACCUGACCUCAUCGACUACUCCAAACUGCGCAAGGAUGACCCUGUUGGUAACCUAAACACUGCUUUUGAAGUAGCAGAGAAAUACCUUGACAUCCCUAAAAUGCUUGAUGCAGAUGACAUUGUGAACACUCCAAAACCUGAUGAGAAGGCCAUCAUGACCUAUGUGUCAUGUUUCUACCAUGCUUUCGCUGGUGCAGAGCAGGCUGAGACAGCAGCUAACAGAAUCUGCAAAGUGCUGGCCGUGAACCAGGAAAAUGAGAAGCUGAUGGAAGAAUACGAGAAACUGGCCAGCGAGCUUCUGGAGUGGAUCAAAAGGACCAUCCCCUGGUUGGAGAACCGUGUGGCUGAGCAGACAAUGCAUGCCAUGCAGCAGAAGCUAGAGGAUUUCAGGGAUUACCGUCGUGUGCAUAAGCCACCCAAGGUUCAGGAGAAGUGUCAGCUGGAGAUCAACUUCAACACCCUACAGACAAAGCUGAGGCUCAGCAACAGGCCUGCCUUCAUGCCCUCUGAGGGCAAAAUGGUUUCAGACAUUGCCAAUGCCUGGAAGGGUCUGGAGCAGGUAGAGAAGGGUUACGAGGAGUGGCUGCUCACAGAAAUCCGUCGUCUGGAGAGACUGGACCAACUGGCCGAGAAGUUUAAACAGAAGUCUACCUUGCACGAAUCAUGGACAACAGGAAAGGAGGAGCUGUUGUCUCAGAAGGACUACGAGUCAGCCUCUCUAAUGGUGAUCCGUGCUCUGAUGAGGAAACAUGAGGCCUUUGAGAGUGACCUGGCUGCUCACCAGGACAGAGUGGAGCAGAUUGCUGCCAUUGCCCAGGAGCUCAAUGAAUUGGACUAUUAUGAUGCUACUACCAUCAAUGCCCGGUGCCAGGGUAUAUGUGACCAGUGGGACAACCUGGGAACCCUGACCCAGAAAAGGAGAGAAUCAUUGGAGCGUGUGGAGAAGCUUUGGGAGACAAUUGACCAGUUGUACCUGGAGUUUGCCAAACGGGCAGCACCCUUCAACAACUGGAUGGAUGGAGCUAUGGAAGAUCUGCAGGACAUGUUCAUUGUGCACAGUAUUGAGGAGAUUCAGAGUUUGAUCACAGCCCAUGACCAAUUCAAGGCCACCAUACCAGAAGCUGAUAAGGAACGCAUGGCCAUCAUGGGCAUUCAUAACGAGAUCCUGAAGAUAGCUCAGACAUACGGGAUCAAGGUAGUGGGCGAGAAUCCCUACACUGUCCUUUCUCCUCAGGAUAUUAGCAUCAAAUGGGAAGCUGUGAAGCAACUAGUCCCAAUGCGUGACCAGAUGUUGCAGGAGGAAGUAGCCAGGCAGCAGUCCAAUGAGAGGCUGAGACGCCAGUUCGGUGCUCAGGCUAAUAUCAUUGGACCCUGGAUUCAGACCAAAAUGGAGGAGAUCAGCCAUGUGUCAAUUGAUAUUGCUGGUUCUCUAGAAGAACAGAUGAGCAAUCUGAAAACAUAUGAACAGAACAUCAUUAAUUACAAAUCCAAUAUAGACACACUGGAAGGAGACCACCAGCUCAGCCAGGAGAGUCUUAUCUUUGACAACAAGCACACCAACUACACUAUGGAGCACGUGCGUGUGGGAUGGGAGCAGCUCCUCACCACUAUCGCCCGCACGAUCAAUGAGGUUGAGAACCAGAUCCUGACCCGUGACGCCAAGGGUAUCAGCCAGGAGCAGCUGAACGAGUUCAGAGCCUCCUUCAACCACUUUGACCGGAAGAGGAAUGGCAUGAUGGAUCCUGAUGACUUCCGUGCUUGCCUGAUUUCAAUGGGUUAUGAUCUAGGUGAAGUUGAAUUUGCACGCAUUAUGACUCUGGUGGACCCCAACAACACAGGAGUUGUCACCUUCCAGGCCUUUAUUGACUUCAUGACCAGGGAGACAGCCGAGACAGACACUGCUGAACAGGUCAUGGCCUCCUUCAAGAUCCUGGCUUCUGACAAGGCGUACAUUACAGUGGAGGAGCUGAGGAGAGAGCUGCCCCCAGAACAAGCUGAAUACUGUAUCAGCCGCAUGACCAAGUACAUUGACGGUGAUGCUCCCCCAGGCGCCCUCGAUUAUAUCUCCUUCUCCAGUGCCCUGUAUGGAGAGAGCGACUUGUAGAGCCCUGCCUGACAUGUACACCACCCUAAAACAUCCCUUACACCUUUCCUCAAAUUUCAUGAAACCCUUAAAUAUCUAACUCCUGGAACAAUGUCAGGUGUAAUGGAUGGCUUUGCUGCAGUGAUUUAGUACAGUGCGUCACCAGUUGAUAUCCCGUGACAGCCAUCAGUUUAUGUCUGAUCUUGUUAGUGGUCCAUCCCUUAUGUUGGGAAAAGCUGUCUCACAAGACAGUAGGGAUUGAAGAGUAUAAAACACAAUAUAAUUCUUCACAGUGACACUGUUUAUAAGAGACAUCUGCUCUCCCUUCAUAGAAAAGGACUACAUUUUGAAGGAAGAAAAAUAAAUGACCCUAAAGAAUAUCA